AUGUCUCUCUCCAUUGCUCAAUGGCCAUCCCAGCCAAUCCCCGAGCCUGUCAAAGACCUGAUCUCCAAGUUCUACGCUUGCGUCGAUGCUCCUCAGGAUCCCAAUGCGAAUACGGUCCUUGCAAACGAGGUAUUCCUUCCAAAUGGGACAUUCACCAUCAAUCAACGUGUAGUCCAGGGCAAAGAACAAAUCCAGAACUGGAGAGCAAGUGCAGCGAGCGGGAAUCAGGUGAAAGUGAGCGUGCAUACAGUCGAGAAAGUCUACAAUCUGGAUGGACAAGGGGGCCAAGUGUUGACUACGGGGACGCUGUUCUUGGAGAUGAUGGGUGGACAAAAGGCGACUUCGGUUUAUGCUGCGAGAUGUUUGGUAUAUGAUGUGGGAAGUGCAAACCCUAGAAUCAAGGAGUGGCAGGGCUGGUGUGAUUAUAUGCCGUACAUGUUGGCUGGUAUGUUCGAGGCGCCGAGAAUCUAUAACAAUAAGAUAACGAGUUGA